AUCUCAGCCUCAGUUUUCUUUUGUUACCCAGCCUUGAAACAUCUCAGCCAAAUUUUAAUUUCACCAAAUAAAUAAAAUCCUCCAUUACAAAAGAUAGAAAUUAAAACUUCAAAUAAAAUAAAAUAAAAUAAAAUUGAAUUUUUAAAAAAUCGUGACAGUGACAAACUAGUAAAUUGUGUCGUAAAUUAUUUCUUUUGUUUUUCAAAUUUUAUAAAUUAAAUUUCUAAAAUAAAAUAACAGCAACAAAAUAAAAAUGUUGCAAGUACAUUUAUCACAACAAUUACCAAUACCGCGAAUACAAAACGCACUUUAUCCAUAUAAUCCAAGUUUAUAUGAUGAGCUGCUGCGUUUAUUUGCUACAAAUCCUUCUUUUGAACCGAUACGUCAAUCAUCUGAAGAUGUUAUGGCAGACUUCAGAUCAAAUGGCAGAGACUUUGAAUACUGUCCGGAAUUAGAAAAUGGGGAAUUGCCGCCAGUUUUGAACCGGCGUAAAAAAAACCGCAAGCCCUUGCCGACUGAAUGCGCAUUUUGUAAAAACAAUGGGGAAGAAAUUCAAUUUUACAAGCAGCAUAUAUUGAAAGACUUGAAUGGUCGAACUGUCUGUCCAAUACUGAGACGUUACACAUGUCCAAUCUGUGGUGCAAAUGGCGACGCUGCCCAUACAAUAAAAUACUGCCCAGCAAAUAAAAGCCCGGAGCCAAUUCCGCUGUCCAAUGCAAUGAAACGUCAGGUCAGAAAUUCUGCCGGCAAAACUCGAUCUAAGUAAUCGUACACUCGAAAUUUUUUUAUAUAUAUAUAUACACCUAUAUAUGUACACACAUAUUUGUAUAUAUAUAUUUACUCAUAUAUAUAUAUAUAUUUU